CUUCCUUGCUCAUUCAGAAUGUUCUUCUAUGGGUGUAUGUUCUCUUUUAACUUUAAUUUAUGUUAUCUACAGACAAGGACAGCUGGAUUUCACUCUAUUGGGGUGUAUCAAUCUUUGAAUAAGAUACUGAAGCAUGAAGGUUUCCAAGGAUUAUACAAAGGAAAUGGAGCUAGUGUUAUCCGCAUUGUUCCAUAUGCUGCCUUGCAUUUUAUGACAUAUGAGCGCUACAAAAGUUGGAUCUUGAACAAUUAUCCUGUGCUGGGAACGGGUCCUUUUAUUGAUCUUUUAGCAGGCUCUGCUGCAGGAGGAACUUCAGUUUUGUGUACCUACCCCUUGGAUCUUGCUCGAACCAAACUUGCUUACCAGGUGGCAGACACGAGAGGAAGUAUCAAAGAUGGUGUGAAAGGAGUUCAAUAUCAAACUGCAAAUAAUGGCAUUAAAGGUGUGCUUACAAGUGUUUAUAAGGAAGGGGGAGUUCGUGGACUUUAUAGGGGUGCAGGACCAACACUUACCGGAAUUCUUCCCUAUGCUGGUUUAAAGUUCUACAUGUAUGAGAAACUGAAGACUCAUGUCCCUGAAGAACAUCAGAAGUCCAUUUUGAUGCGUCUUUCUUGUGGAGCUCUAGCUGGAUUGUUCGGGCAGACUUUAACAUACCCUUUAGAUGUUGUCAAGAGACAGAUGCAGGUUGCCAGCCUGCAAAAUGCUGCUCAUGAGGAAGACAGAUUCAAAAAUACAUUUGAUGGACUUAGGAAGAUUGCUCGUAAUCAAGGGUGGAGGCAGCUGUUUCAUGGCGUAAGCAUUAACUAUAUAAGGAUUGUUCCUUCAGCCGCAAUUAGUUUCACCACAUAUGACAUGAUGAAGAGUUGGCUUGGCGUACCACCUCAACAAAAGUCUCGAUCAGUUUCGGCAGCAUGAUAGUGCUCAACCGUGAUGGCAAUAACAAGUCACAAUGACACCUUCUAAUUGAGACUCUAAUCUUACAGGAAUAUCUCUUAUUGAGUAUUACUGCAUAUGAUUUCUACAUAUUAUUUUUUGACGAAACCUUUGUGAUUAUAUCAACUGAUGCAAGUUUGUUUGUCAUAUCUGGAAAGUUCCUUCACAGUGCUACUCAUUAUUUGUUUAACCUCAAAAUGCAACUUGUAUAGAUUUAUACUAUACUAUAGAUACAACACGAAGGUAGUUACUUAUUUCCCUUUGAAAUUUCUA